UGUGCUCAGUCUGUCAGUACUGCAUCCACAGAGCAGGAGAGGGCCACACAUUCACCCUGAGCUGUUAAACGUGCACAGAGACUGCCUUCAGGACCCAUCUGUGAUCAUCUCUGCAGCGUUUCCUGGACGGCAGUGUCGCUUCCUUUGUUGCCAUCGGUCUCCGGGGCUGCAGGAGGAAAACCCGGGGAGGACUCGCCUCCUUGAAGCCCGAUCUGUCGGUGGCGGAAGGGACGUGAUAUGAACCCCUCAUCGGCUUAAACGGCAGUGCAGCUAAAUAGCCCCGUUUUCAGGGGGAGGGGGGAAGUCAACGGAGGAUCAAGGAGGACAUUUAUACCUUUUAACCUGCAGCUGAAGGCCGAGACAUACCCACGGAACCUGUAGCGAUGCCCGGGUUUGAUUACAAGUUUCUAGAAAAGCCAAAGAGACGGUUCCAGUGUCCGCUCUGCAGCAAGGCGAUGCGGGAGCCGGUCCAAGUGUCUACCUGUGGACAUCGGUUCUGUGACACCUGUCUGCAAGAAUUUCUAAGUGAGGGCGUCUUCAAGUGUCCAGAGGACCAGCUGCCGUUGGACUAUGCCAAGAUCUACCCAGACCCAGAGCUGGAGCAGCAGAUCCUGGCGCUGCCCAUCCGCUGCAUCCACAGUGAGGAGGGCUGCCGCUGGACCGGCCAGAUGAAGCAGCUGCAGGGACACUUCUCCACCUGCGCCUUCAAUGUGAUCCCCUGCCCCAACCGCUGCUCCGUCAAGCUGACGCGCCGCGACUUGCCCGACCACCUGCAGCACGACUGCCCCAAGCGCAAAGUCAAGUGCGAGUUCUGUGGCAGCGAGUUCACCGGUGAAGCCUACGAGAACCACCAGGGUGUGUGUCCUCAGGAGAGUGUUUACUGUGAGAACAAGUGCGGAGCGAGGAUGAUGCGUCGUCUGCUGUCUCAACACGGCAUGGCCGAGUGUCCCAAACGCACGCAGCCCUGCAAAUACUGCGGCAAGGAGUUCGUCUUCGACACAAUCCAGAACCACCAGUACCACUGCCCUCGGUUUCCUGUCCAGUGCCCUAACCAGUGCGGCACACCCAACAUCGCCCGAGAGGAUCUGGCUAACCAUGUGAAGGACAACUGUGGCAGUGCGCUCGUUCUCUGCCCCUUCAAAGACGCCGGCUGCAAACACAGGUGCCCCAAACUGGCUAUCGGCCGUCACCUGGAAGACACCACUAAAUCUCACCUGACUAUGAUGUGUAACCUGGUGGGCCGUCAGCGGCAGGAGAUCCUGGAGCUGCGGAGGGAGAUGGAGGAGCUGUCUGUCAGUCACGACGGCGUUCUCAUCUGGAAGCUCAGUGACUACUCCCGCAAACUCCAGGAGGCCAAACUCCGAAGCAACCACGAGUUCUUCAGCCCGCCCUUCUACACUCACCGCUAUGGCUACAAGCUGCAGGUGUCUGCCUUCCUGAACGGCAACGGCAGCGGCGAGGGCUCCCACCUCUCCGUCUACAUCCGCGUGUUGCCUGGAGAGUACGACAGCCUGCUGGAGUGGCCCUUCUCCUACAAGGUGACUUUCUCCAUCCUGGACCAGAGCGACCCGUCGCUCUCCAAACCCCAACACAUCACGGAGACCUUCAACCCUGACCCCAACUGGAAGAACUUCCAGAAGCCCAGCAGCAGCCGCAACUCGCUGGACGAGAGCACCCUGGGCUUCGGCUACCCCAAGUUCAUCUCUCACGAGGAGAUCAAGAAGAGGAACUACAUCCGAGACAACUGCAUCUUCAUCAAGGCUUCUAUAGAGAUUCCCCAGAAGAUCAUGGCUUAAGAUCCGACCUUUUUUCUUUUCAUGAAGGAGAAAGAUGGGUUAAAGACUGGAACUGACUCUUAACCUUGAAAACUUCUACACACUUACCCUUUAGAUACUUUCUGCCCUUACAGCCUCUCCACCACAGAGCUUGAAGCGAGUCUGUUUGGCUGUGUGAGCUGACUCGGAGGACCUUGAUAUAUCACAGAGGAGAAAGUGUUUGGUCCGCAGAACCAUCACUCUCUGGUUUUUCUUUUUAUUAUUGUUUUUUUUAAUCUGUUUGCUGACCUUUUAUCACAGUCUACAACAAAAAGCCUUGGAAAUCAAACAGUGCCUAGAGAGUUUAUCUUAAGUUAUAUUUUUGUUGUUAUUUCCGCAGUACAGAUGUUAAAAAUUAUGGAAAAGAUAUUAAAAAAAAGGGGGUGAAGGGCUUCGCUAAGCCUCUGCACUUAGAGUAGAGAGGAAGUCAGAAGCUGGUUGGAAACGUCCCGUGGGGGUGAUCUAAAGAAGAGGGAGCUCAGCAGACUCAAGCUCAAGCCCAACUGCCUUUUGUUUACAUGCUCAUACAGUAUACUCCUACUGAUCCCUUAACAAACACAGAGCCCUUGGUAAGAGACUGCUCAUGAGGUUUGUGUACACACAAACAUCAAAUCAAUGUUUUCUAGAGAGAAACUUGCAGCUUGAUUGAAUUGAAUGAGUAGAUCAAUACCACUUUCAUAUCUUUAUGUUCAAUAUGAGGCUACAGCCAGCAGCCAUUUAGCUUAGCUUAGCUUAGCAUAAAGACUGGGAACAGGGGGAAGCAACUAGCCUAGCUCUGUCCAAAGGUACGAAAUACACCUACCAGCACCUGUAAAACUCACUUAUUAUUAUAUAUAACACUUUAUAUCUCAUUUGUUUAAAGGUACAGUGCGUAAGAUAUGAAAAAAUGAACUAAUAUUAUCAAGAGAAUGUGAAGAAUUAACAGUUUUAACGUCAUGUCAAAGACGUCUGUGUCUUGUGUUGCUGUGUGUGGGAUAUCUGUUGAAUUUAGCAUGCUAAAGAGCUAGCGCCACCUUGUCCUGCCUCUAAAUACCACUUAAAUUAAACCUUGAGAUUUGACAGUGAGUCACUGUAGCGUCCAGGCUGCCCUCAGUCCGAUAUGAGUGGACAAAGAAGUAGGACUGCCCAAUUCAGUGGCAUUAAACCAUGUCCCUGGGAAGUGCAUGGGGCUUGGAAGCCAAUUUUGAUAGUGGCCAAAAAGUGUAAUUACACCUUCACGUGAUGUGUAGACCAUCAAAAUGCUUCCCCCUGUUUUUUGAGGGUGUGGCCAAGCAUUACACAGUGCACCUUUUAAUCAAUAGAAACAUCCUUGGACAGAGCCAGGUUUGCUAUUUCUUCUAGUUAUUAGCCUUAAUGCUAGGCUAAGCUAACUCAUUUUCCAGAAAGAUCUGACAGUGGUCCUCAUUUAAAACAGCAAAAAAGCAAAUAAACAAAUUUCCCAAAUGUCAAACUGUUCCUUUAAAUAAAAUUAAACAUGCCUCCUAAUGCUAGGUAAAUCGUACAACUUAUUAGCUUUUUAAAGCGACGCUAAAAAUGCAAAUGUGAAGCUCAACCAAGGCUGUCUUUUUUUAGAAAGUUCUUUACUCGACAACAUUGUAGCUACAGAUCCGUCUCUUCUAGUUACCCGCUUCCAUCACAGGAACUGUCUGUGACUUGUGUUUGUCAGGAGUUCGACCCAGUCGUAAAUAGCUUCAGGAGUGUGUACCACACACACACUUCAUAGUGACCCUGUGAGGCUUUGUGUCCAUUGUGGAGUCCACCAAUAGGAAAAAAAAAGCACCUUUCGUCGGUCAUUGGAUGAGCAGAGCAGACAAAGAGGCCAGUUGCUGGAGAACACGUGCAUUUAAUAGUGAAGGAAAAGCCAUGUGGCCUUUUAUACAGUAUGUCUUCGCAUGAGGGUUUUAGGGGUGAGCAGGGCAACAUAAACACAUGCAUGCUUCAUGUGCAACCACCUGGACCACACUUUUGUACUGUAACCUGUAUUCUUGAAAUCCUCUCCCGUUGAUGGCUUUUUUGUCUCUUUUUUUUAGACCGUUUGAAAGUUGACAAAUUGUCAAAAAAGUACGUUUUUUUUGUUGUUGUUUUUUUAUAUACAGAAAAUGUGAACGCUGUCGGUAAUAUAACCUAUAAAGACAAUGAACACUUGGCUGUGAAGUGUAUUGUUUUACAUAGCCUGGGCAUUGGUGGUGCACUGUUGGAGGGGAUGGUUAAUGAUAUGAUCUCUGCAAAUAUGUGGGCGUCUUGGGACUGACUACACCUUUUGUUGUUACCAUGGUCACCGGUGUCUAUCUUCAGCUUGGCACACAAUGUUGCGACGAGGAGCGGUUGGAGGGAUGUGCGAUACACCUGCCUCCGUUAUGGCACCAUCAGAGGGAUGGAGGACUUGGAUGAUACAGUACACUCAUGAUGUAUGUGAAUACUAAUGUAAAAAUGCAGAAGCACAUUCUGUCUUUUUUUUAUCCUUCAUGGAAAAAUUCCUGAUUUCUUGUCAUAAUACCAGCUGAUAUUUUACAGUGAUUUAAAGAAGUGAGAAGAUGAAACUUUUUUGUAAGAUUCUGUAUUUUUAAAAAUACUUAGCUGUUUUAUACAAACACUUUUUCGUUGGAGAGUCGGGGUUGACUUUGGGAAUUUUCAGACCCUUUCGUCUCUUUGGACAUUUGGAUAAUUUGUUUGUACUUGUGGUUUGAGCCUCACAUAUUCUGUCUGUAUUAUUUCCUCUUAAAAGUAUUUAUUUUAAGGAGCCGUCAUGUGAGUUUGAACAGAUGGCACAAAUGUUUUAAUAUGUUGAUUGAUGAGUGCUUGUCAGUUUCUUAAUUGAAAUAAAAUACCAUAUAUUAUA